AUGGCUGCAAACCCUCCUCCCCGCGAGCGCAAGCCCUCGACGAGCGCCCCGCUCAGCGACUUCAAGGGUCCUGUCGGUCCUGCCAACUUCACUCGUCCCAAGCACAAGAGAACCGUCACGGGUUUCGGCCCCAGCGACAUCAAGAGCGUGGAAGCGAGUAUCCCAGAGCCCCAGCGUGAGGCAUGGAGGAAAUUUAUGCCCAAGCCCUUUACCACAUCAGACGAGUUCACAAAAGACACGGUUCGCCAUAUUGAGACGACGCUCGCUCGUUCGCUCUUCAACUGCGAUGAGUCGGCUGCAUAUGCUGGAACGGCGCUGGCCUUCAGGGACCGUCUGGUUCUGGACUGGAAUAAGACACAGCAAAGCCAGACGUUUGCUGACCAGAAGCGUGUAUACUAUCUAUCCCUCGAGUUCUUGAUGGGUCGAGCCUUGGACAACGCCAUGCUCAACGUCGAGCAGAAAGAGGUGGCUGCGAAGGGCCUCGGCGAUAUCGGUUUCCGCAUGGAAGACAUCAUCUCCCAGGAGCAUGACGCUGCCCUCGGCAACGGCGGUCUCGGACGUCUCGCUGCCUGCUUCCUCGACUCGAUGGCGUCGCUCAAUUACCCUGCAUGGGGGUACGGCCUGCGCUACCGCUAUGGUAUCUUUAAGCAGGAGAUUGUCGAUGGAUACCAGGUCGAGGUCCCAGACUACUGGCUCGAUUUCAACCCCUGGGAGUUCCAGCGUCAUGAUAUUGUCGUCGACAUCCAGUUCUACGGUCAUGUCAACCGCUGGCAGGACGACGAGGGCAAGCCACAGAGCUCGUGGGAGGGCGGAGAGAUUGUCCAGGCUGUUGCUUUCGAUGUACCAAUUCCUGGAUACAAGACUGGCGCUUGCAACAAUCUCCGUCUCUGGGGAAGCAAGGCUGCGAGUGGCGAGUUUGAUUUCCAAAAGUUCAACUCGGGCGAGUACGAAAGCUCGGUAGCGGAUCAGCAGCGUGCUGAAACCAUUUCCGCGGUGCUUUACCCCAACGACAACCUUGAGCGUGGCAAGGAGCUCCGGCUGAAGCAGCAAUACUUUUGGUGCGCUGCCUCCCUCUACGACAUCGUCCGACGGUUCAAGAAGAGCAAGCGUGCGUGGAAAGAGUUUCCCAACCAGGUUGCUAUCCAGCUCAACGACACUCACCCGACCCUCGCCAUUCCCGAGCUUCAGCGCAUCUUGGUUGAUAUCGAGGGCCUCGAGUGGGAUGAUGCAUGGAACAUUGUCCAGAAGACUUUUGGAUAUACCAACCAUACUGUCCUCCCUGAGGCGCUCGAGAAGUGGUCUGUUCCCCUGAUGCAGCACCUUCUCCCCCGCCACCUCCAGAUCAUAUAUGAUAUCAAUCUCAACUUCCUGCAAUUCGUCGAGCGCAACUUCCCCAAGGAGCGCGAUAUGCUCGGGCGUGUUUCCAUCAUCGAAGAGUCACAGCCCAAGAUGGUUCGCAUGGCCUACCUCGCGUUGAUUGGAUCCCACAAGGUCAACGGUGUAGCUGAGCUCCACUCCGAUUUGAUCAAGACGACCAUCUUCAAGGAUUUCGUCAAGAUCUACGGGCCCGACAAGUUCACAAACGUGACCAACGGAAUCACGCCUCGCAGAUGGUUGCACCAGGCCAACCCCAGGCUUUCAGCCUUGAUCGCCUCCAAGCUUGGUGGUCACGACUUCCUCAAGGACCUCACCUUGCUCCACAAGCUGGAGGCUUUUGUCGACGACAAGGAGUUCCGAAAGGAGUUCCAGGAGAUCAAGUAUGCCAACAAAGUACGACUGGCAAAGCACAUUCAGGAACACAACGGCGUCACCGUCAGCCCAUCCGCCCUCUUCGAUGUUCAAGUCAAGCGUAUUCAUGAGUACAAGCGACAGCAGUUGAACAUCUUUGGUGUCAUCCACCGAUAUCUUCAAAUCAAGGCCAUGUCGCCCGAGGAGAGGAAGAAGCUGGUGCCCCGCGUGUCCAUCUUUGGUGGCAAGGCCGCGCCAGGAUACUGGAUGGCCAAGACCGUCAUCCACCUUAUCAACAAGGUUGGUGAUGUGGUCAACAACGACAAGGACGUCGGUGAUGCGCUCAAGGUCAUUUUCCUUGGCGACUACAACGUCAGCAAGGCGGAGAUUAUCUGCCCUGCUAGCGACAUCAGCGAGCAUAUUUCUACCGCUGGUACCGAGGCUUCUGGUACAAGUAAUAUGAAGUUCUGCCUCAACGGUGGCCUGAUCAUCGGUACCUGCGAUGGUGCCAACAUUGAGAUCACUCGCGAGAUUGGAGAGAAUAACAUCUUCCUCUUUGGUAACCUCGCCGAAGACGUUGAGGACCUCCGCCAUGCUCAUCUCUACUCGCAGUACCAGCUUGAUCCCCAGCUGGCUACUGUAUUUGACCACAUUCACAAGGGUGCGUUUGGCGACGCCGAGCAAUUCUCCGCCCUUAUCAACGGCAUCGUCGAGCACGGUGACUACUACCUCGUCUCGGACGACUUUGCGUCAUACAUCAAGACGCAGGAGCUCAUUGACGAGAGCUACAAGAACCAGGAAGAAUGGCUCACCAAGACGAUUACCACGGUCGCGAGAAUGGGCUUCUUCUCAAGUGAUAGGUGCAUCGACGAGUAUGCGGAGGCGAUUUGGAACAUUGAGCCUUUGCAGGUCAAGGGCGAGCCGGAGCCGUAG